UAAUGUAUGAUGUCGUCUGAGGAUUAAACGACGAGUAACAGCGGAAAAGAGAUAAGAAACACAGAACGUUGGUUCUGUCUUCUGAGAGUUCGCAAGACAUCAAUGGCGUCAGCAUUAUCUUCUCUCUCUUCCACCUCCUCUUCACUCUUGCACCACAUCUUCACCGGUAACUCUCAGGCUCCUACUCAGUUCCCCAACAAAAAUGCGCGCUUUUUCGUCCUCGCUCAAAAGAAGGCAAAGAAAACUCGAAAGAUUAUUUUGAGGGAAGAUGUGACUGAUGUGGGAAAGCAAGGGCAACUUCUCAAUGUGAGGGCUGGCUUUUACAGAAAUUACUUGCUUCCUAUGGGAAAGGCACAACUUGUUACUCCCCAGCUGCUCAAGGAAAUGAAGAUAGAAGAAGAAAGAAUUGAGGCCGAAAAAAGACGGGUAAAAGAAGAGGCUCAACAACUUGCUCUAAUUUUUGAAACUGUUGGGGCCUUCAAGGUAAAGCGUAAAGGUGGUAAAGGAAAACAAAUUUUUGGAAGUGUCACUGCUCAAGAUCUUGUUGACAUAAUCAAGGCACAGCUUCAAAGGGAGGUGGACAAGAGAAUUGUUGAUCUUCCAGAGAUCCGGGAAACAGGCGAAUAUAUUGCAGAGUUAAAGCUUCACCCAGAAGUUACAGCUAGAGUGAGGGUGAAUGUUUUUGCUAACUAAGCACUAGUAUGUUCUGAAGUUCCUAUGCUAAGUGGACAAUUUGAAGCUAGCAACUUACUUGCAUUGGUUCAAGGUGCAUAACAUCUUAUGAUGAUAAAUCUUCAGACUUUAAGCACUUGGUAGUCUUGUAAUCAUGCCCCUAGGCUCAGAUGAGAAAGGAUUCCUAAUGGUCACGUGUCCAGAAAGGGAACUGUUGCUUAUUUGAACAUAUUUGUUUUGUUCAUACCCCAUUCUUGAAUGUAAUGUACUACUUUGUUGGUGGUAAAAGAUAUUUUUUCUUUGCUCCUU